UGUAAUAUCGAAAGUUUUACUUCAGAUUUUCAACAGCGAGUGGAUGCAAGUAAAUCAGAAGCAAUUGAAGAGUUGAGAAAUCUAAAAGAGAUUGAGAAAGAAAUCGCUUUAGCUGAGAAUACAACUCGAGAAGCUGAAAAUGCUAUUGGCAAUGCAAAAAAUGAUGCACAAAUGGCUGAAACGAUUGCCUUGCAAGCGGAAAAGGAAGCUAAAAGUAUCAGCAAGGAGGCAUAUGAAUUGCGGAAUCAAACGCAAGGUGUUCGCAAAACUGCAAAAGAAUUAAAGUCAAAUGCCGAUCAGUUGGUUAAUGAUGUCAAAGAAACAGGUACAACAAUGGAAGAUUACAGACGACAGGCUAGUAGCGAUAAAGCCCGUGCCUCUGAGGCAGUUCAAAAAGCACAAAUUGCCGAAAAAGCUGCUGAAAAUGCGAACAAAACGAUCAGCGAAGCGGAGAAUAGUCUAAGAAAUAUUAAUAACCAAUUCAAUUCACUAGAUGGUGUGAGUAGUGAAGAAUUGGAUGAACUGGAAAAACAACUGGAUCAAGUGGAAGAGUUAUUAAACAGUGCUGACUUAGAUAAGCAGGUAUCAUUGCUCAAAGAACAAAAAAUUGAGCAAGAUCGCACGAUAACACAAUUUAAAAAUGAAAUCGAUACUUUAGAAGAUGAAGUGCAAAAUCUUGAAGAAAUACGUGAUUCAUUGCCGAAGAAAUGCUUCAAUGUAAUCAAUUUGGAACAAGAGGGACAGAAAUAA